AACUAACUUCACCCGUUAUUAAGGAAGUAGUAGCUAGAAAAGGCGUGUCCGACUACUUUCGAUAUGUAGAAAACAGGCUAAAUAUUCGAGACAAGCCCAGACAUCUUCACACUGAGAAGAACUGGACAGAUGUGUGACGGCUUCACGCACAGAGAUGCAGACAGAUUUGGGGUUUCAGCGGGUGCUGUUAAAAGUGCAGCAGUCUCUCACUGUCGAUGAGGUGCAGGACCUGGUGUUCCUCUGCUCUGAUCUGCUGAGUCUGAAAGACCUCAGCGCCGUGACCUCAGCCGGACAGCUGUUCAGUCUUCUGGAGAACAGGGACCUGCUGUCAUGGGAGGAUCCGUCUCUGCUUUUAGAGCUGCUCAGGAUCCUGAAGCGGAACAGCUUGAUCCGCAGUCUGACCUCAGACGAUGUUAUGCCAACCAACGGCACGACAUAUAGUCAACUAAUCUCCCCAUACAGACAGUUGUUGUAUGAACUGUCAGAGUCCAUCUGUGAGCAGGACCUGAAAAACAUCAAAUUCCUCCUGUUAAAAACACUGCCGCGCAAAAAACUGGAGAAGGACACGACGCUGUUGCAGUUGUUUUUGGAGAUGGAGAAGGAGGGCUUUUUGGAUGAAAAUAAUUUGGACGUUCUGCAGAAAAUGAUAGCAGAUAUCAAUCCCUGUUUAGAAAAAAGAAUCAUUCAAUACAAAACGGAGAGCUGUGAGACAGGUGGUAUGGUUAUUGCUCAGGAGAUUGGGGAUAUUACUCCUGCGUUGUACUCACCAGCUCAGCCCUCAUUGCUGACGUCACGUACAUCGGUUGACUUCAUGGAGGAGCAGGUGAACAGACUAAAUCUGACUGAAGGUGCUGCUGCGGUUAGUGGAGAUCAGAGCCAGCACUCAGUGAUUGAAAAUGAGAGCUUAAACAUGUCUGGGACUGAAAGCGCAGGGAUCCAGCAGUAUGAGAUGAAGGGGGAGAAGAGAGGAGUCUGUCUGAUCAUCAACAACUGUGACUUCAAAGACUGUGGACUACGGAACAGAGACGGAACAGACAUUGACAAAAAAAGUCUGGAGGUUGUGUUCCAGUGGUUGGGCUUUGAGGUCCUGACCGAACGGAACUGUGAUCGCCAUCAGAUUAUGCAGGUGCUGAGGGACCUGGCUGCUCGUGACCACACGUCAGCGGAUUGCGUGGUGUGCUGUGUGCUGAGCCACGGAAAAAUAAAAGGCAUUGUCGGGGUUGAUGGACAGAUUGUCACCUAUAGGGAGCUGAUAGAGACCCUGAGUCCAAGUCAAUGUCCCACUCUCUUCGAAAAACCCAAACUGUUCUUCAUUCAGGCCUGUAGGGGUACCGACGAUCAGCCAGCAGCAUUUCCUCAAAUUUUCCCAGAUGAUGAAGUCAUGCCAGUCAGCGAUUCAGCUGUACCCAGAGACUCCAUACCUAAGAUGGCAGACUACCUAUUAGCCAUGUCCACUGUACCACACUACGUCUCAUACAGGGAAAAAGACCGUGGAACCUGGUUUAUACAGUCCCUCUGCCACAACUUGAAACUGCUGGUGCCAAGGGGUAUCGAUCUACUCUCCAUUCUGACGCAGGUGAAUAGCGAUGUGAGCAAAAAGACGGACAAAAGCGGUUUGAGGAAGCAGAUGCCACAGCCAGAGUUCACCAUCACCAAGAAAGUGGUUUUCCCUAAACCUAAAACUCGCCCGCCCCUUCUAUAAUGUCCUGCUACAGUUAAUGAUACCUCUCAAACACAUCAGCAUGGACAGACACACAGAUGUUCAUCAGCAAUGUUUACAUGACCUGUGAUGUGAUGAUUGUGUGAUGAUUGUAAAUAUGGUAAUUUCCAGUUCCCAAUGUAAACAAACAGAAUAUUUGAGAUGUUUUAUGUAAUAAACAGUGUAAGAAACUAUAGUCUGCUCCGACCCAGCUUCCACUCCACAAUAUGUUUGAUUAUGCCAACAGUUAUGUUGGCAUGAUUUGUAGACCAUUUGUAGACCAUUUGGGAUGAUCACAUCCUGAGCAAAUGGUGACCAAUUAAUAAACACUGAGAAACAAAGGGGUGUCAGAACUUAAUUAACAUACAGACUACAGCUGUAAGGACAGGAUCAACUCCAUUUACAUGAAGGGUAGUAAACUCUAAGUGUAUAAAUUGUUUGAGCUUUGGAUGUUGGUGGUUCCUUCUGACUCUGCUGAACCCAAGGUACUACAUGUACUUUGUCACUGCUAUGCUGCAAUAAACAUCUUCCUCGA